AUGCACUGUGGAGGAGAGAGACAAUUUCACGCAAGUGCUAACGAAGAAGGGGCUCAUAUGAGGGAGGAAAACCUGUGCGAUGAAGAUUUGAACAUGCCGGAUGGUCAGAAUAAGACGUGGGCGACCCCCCAGAGGAUAAGUCCAAAUUUCGAGAGCAUAGACAGUGUACCCAUUCGUGCAGAUGCACAGGAGACGAACCAACUGAUUGUUUCCCCAGCUGGGAACAAGAGAAGAAAAUUAAAAAUGAAUGAAGCGGCGCAUGGCCAACCAUUUGAUGAGCAUCCCAGCGUUUCGGAAGUGUGCCAAGGGGAUCACCAGACAAGCCAGUUGCCACUGAGAGAGGAGGCUAACUUACAGAAUGCAAUAGGAAUGGGGAGUCACCUACAUGUACAUCCCCUUGCGGGUUCCCUCCAUGUAGUAAACCAAAACGGUGGUGCCAACCAUUUUGGAAAUGAAGUUCAAAGAGGGACUGACGGGGGAGAAAGGCAGUGUGGGGAAAACGAAUGUGCUGCUCGUUGGUCGCUCCCGGCCAUGCUCAUCGGAGAAGGCGCGUCCCCCUGCAAGGGGAGCGAUCAGGCGGGAGACAGCGGAGAGAGUACCAACGUAUGCUACGGGCGCAGCGACGGCCGGAAUGAGCAGUUGGAGCAGUUGGAGCAGUUGGAGCAGUUGGAGCAGUUGGAGCAGUUGGAGCAGUUGGAGCAGGUGGAGCAGGAGGAGCAGGAGGAGCAAGAGGAGCAGUUGGAGGAGUCGGAGCAGGAGGAUCAGUUAGAGGAGUCGGAGCAGGUGGAUGAGUCGGAGCAGUUGGAGGAGUCGGAGAGGGAGGAGCAGUCGGAACAGGAGGUGCAGUCGGAACAGGAGGUGCAGUCGGAACAGGAGGAGCAGUCGGAACAGGAGGAGCAGUCGGAACAGGAGGAGCAGUCGGAACAGGAGGAGCAGUCGGAACAGGAGGAGCAGUCGGAACAGGAGGAGCAACAGGAGCAAGUGGAGCAGUUAGAGGAGUCGGAACAGGAGGAGCAGUCGGAGCAGGAGGAGCAGUUAGAGGAGUCGGAGCAGGUGGAUGAGUGGGAGCAGUUGGAUGAGUGGGAGCAGUUUGAGGAGUCGGAGCAGUUGGAGCAGUCGGGGCAGUUGGAGCAGUUGGGGGAAACGGUGCAGUUGGAGCAGUCGGGGCAGUUGGAGCAGUUGGGGGAGACGGUGCAGUUGGAGCAGUCGGGGCAGUUGGAGCAGUUGGGGGAGACGGUGCAGUUGGGGGAGACGGAGCAGUUAGAGCAGUUGGAGGAGUCGGAGCAGGAGGAGCAAGUGGAGGAGUUAGAGGAGUCGGAGCAGGAGGAGCAGGAGGAGCAGGUGGAGGAGUUAGAGGAGUCGGAGCAAUCGGAGCAGGUGGAGCAAUCGGAGCAGGUGGAGGAGUCAGAGCAGGAGGAGCAGGUGGAGGAGUCAGAGCAGGAGGAGCGGGUGGAGGAGUCGGAGCAGGAGGAGCAAGUGGAGCAGUUGGAGGAGUCGGAGCAGUUGGAGGAGUCGGAGCAGGAGGAGCAAGUGGAGCAGUUGGAGGAGUCGGAGCAGUUGGAGGAGUCGGAGCAGUUGGAGGAGUCGGAGCAGUUGGAGGAGUCGGAGCAGUUGGAGCAGUUGGAGCAGUUGGAGCAGUUGGAGCAGUCGGAGCAUAUCGUACCGAAUGCGCGAGGAAGGGCGCCCCCCACCCCCGCUGACGUCCCCGAACGCAGCAAAGAAGUGGCCAACGCGGAGGAGCGCCGCUUGGCGAAGAAAGAAACGGGAAGGCCACCAAAAGAGGAGAACAGAUUUUACCAGAACCCUGAGCUGUUCAGAAAUUUCGUCUUUUCGUUUAACAACCCGCCCAGGGGGGGGGAGAAUCAACAAAAUGGUGCGCCGCUCUAUAGGGGUGCGCCGCUGGAGAAGACCCCCGUGAAGUACAAAACGCUGAAGAGCGAAAGGCACGCCCUGCUAAACAGCGAAGCCGUAUACAAAAAGUUCGAGGAGACAUAUUUCUCUGAGUACCAGAUAUCAAGCGACUUUCAGUGGAGAGAAGUGGACGGAACUAUUUCUUCGCAUGCGCAGGAGUUUCUUUUUUUCGACGAGGCAGACGAGCAGAUGGUUUCCCUGGACGUGCUGGACGACAGCACGGUGAGUGUCAGCUCGAGCGGGAGCAGUGGGAGAAGCGGGAGAAGCGGGAGCAGCGGUGGCGAAGGUAGAGGCGGGAGUGGAGCCGGAAGUGGAGACGGCGAAGGACGUGGCACCACCCCCGAGCCAGGGCAUACAACAUGCAAACAGGAGAGAUACAAACAGGAGACACACCCAAUUGAGACGAACAAUUCGAGUGCCCAGAGGUGGGCUGCGCAAAAUGGGAACCACCCAAGCAGCUCAGACAGAAGGACAAACGCGGGUAACGUGGAGCGAGUACCCAAUGGAGAGAAGUCCCACCGUGCCGCUCUACCAGGAGAUACAGCCCAGAGGAAGAAAGGCAAAUCUGUCAUCAUGUAUGCCAAAAUUAUGAAUAUAAGUUUUGACUAUGCGGCAGAUGCUCUGAAGCAGUUCAGCCACCCCGCGGUGAAUUUGUUCAACACGAACAAAACGCACAUCGUAAAGAAGAAGAAGGAGCAGAAGGAGGAGGAGAAGCGGAAGGAGGAGGAGGAGAAGCGGAAGGAGGAGGAGGAGAAGCGGAAGGAGGAGGAGGAGAAGCGGAAGGAGGAGAUGAAGAAGCUGCAGGAGAUGAAGAAGCAGGAGGAGAUGAAGAAGCUGGAGGAGAUGCUGAAGCAGAAGUGGAGGAGGUGGAUGGACUUACAAGAAUACCUCCGUGAAAGGCUGUGGCUCGGGGAGGAAGAAGAAGAGGAACAUGAAGCGUCGCGCGAAAUGUCGCAGGAAAUGUCGCACGAAAUGUCCCACGAAUUGCCGUAUGAAGUGACGGAGGAAAUGUUAAAAAAAAUGGCGCAAGAAGUGGCAGACGAAAUGGCAAACGAAAUGGCACAAGGAGGGGCAGACGAAAUGGCAGAAGGGGCAGACGAAAUGGCAGAAAUGCCAGACGAAGUGGGGUUCCCCAUGGAAAAAGCAAAACGAACGUACAGAAAGAAGAAAGAAGAUCCAGAGAAAAAGAAAAAAAAAUUCAUUAGCCAGAAGAUAAAGAGACACCUGCUUAGCAUCAAUGCGAGGGUUGUAAUAAAGGAGUGGUACAUUGAUUAUGGGACGUCCCCCAGUAGCACCCCCUACAUCUACGUAGUGUCCGAAAAUGAUCAUCGGUACAAGCUAGACAGAGUGCACGAUAAAUAUUACUCUACGUUCACCAACGUGAGACUAAAAUUUGAAGUGACCACCAGAAUUGUGAAAUCUCUGCAGGCUUAUCCGAACAUUACGUAUAAGGAACUAGUGGGCCACAUAACACUGUAUGAGAGUAUUAAAAAAAAGAUGCGGAAGGCGCAGAGGGAGGGGCUACUACAAAGCGAUGACGUGGUGUCGCCCGUGUCGGAGAUGCGCUGGAAGCGGAAAAGGGAAAAACUGAAGGAACGGAAGAAACAGAAGAAACGGGAGAAACGGAAGGAACGGAAGGAACGGGAGAAACGAAAGAAAGAGGAGAGACGGAUGCGUGAAGAACUUUUUUCUUGGGAGAACAGCGAUGAUGACGAUUUUGCCUCUUGGAGAAUACACCCGAAUGAUUGCUACCCCCUGUUGGAUGAGGCACUCUACAAUUUGAGGGUGCCCCGCGGGAAGAAAAAGAAGAGAAAAAAGAAAAAGAAGACGCAAACGAGAAAAGCGGAGCGAACGAGAAAAGCGGAGCGAACGAGAAAAGCGGAGCGAACGAAAAGAGCGGAGCGAACGAAAAGAGCGGAGCGAACGAAAAGAGCGGAGCGAACGAAAAGAGCGGAGCGAACGAACAGAGCAGAACAAACGAAAAGGGAAGGGGAAGAGCAAAAUGCGGAGGAGCUCCCCAUCGUAAGUGUAAGCCUGUCCGAGUACAGCGGCACAGGAGUGCACACCAUGCCAGAUGGAACCGCCAGCAAAACAUGCACGUGGGGGGCACCAUACGCUGUCUACAAAUGCAACAAAAAGGUCAUCAUCAGGAUGUACAAAUUUAUUAAGAAAGAGAUGCAAAUGCUAGCCGAAGGUUUUAACAUAAAUUCUUUGCUGGACACUCCCUUCAUGAAAAGGCUGGCCAAGAAAUUUAAGCUGGAGCAGAGGAAGAAACAACAAAUGGAGAAGCUAACGAGAGUGUGCUGCCACUCUGUGAACCACCAGAUAUGCUCAAAGCUUCUGCUGCACUGCCACGAAAAUGGGCAGCCUGAGUGCCCCGCGAAGAAGAUGACUCGCUUUUACCUCAUUAGGAGCUUCGUGGAGAGUCAAAAGGGGAACGUGGAGAAGUAUGAGCCCUCACGUGGGUGCGCGGAGGAAGAAAAGACAGGGGAGGAGCAGCAGUGGGGUAGCCAGAACGUGCUGCUGGGAUACCGCGGGGGCUUCCCCUUGGGUGAAGAAGGCAACAGCUCGGAGAAAGGAGAGAAUAGCGGAGAGAAGAGCGGACAGAAUAGCGGACAGAAUAGCGGACAGAAGAGCGGACCGAAAAACAGACCGAAUUGCAUGGACCUCCCCGCCCAGUGCUGCUGCUGCGGCGGCCCGUGUGAACCUUGCCUCCCCCUGCACCUGAUUGAACCGGCGAAACACGAGACGAUGCUGAACUUAUGGGUGUUCCUUUGGAAACACAAACAGUUGACGCAUGUCAGAGUAACGGCCAGCCAACUGAACCAGGAACUCCUACAGAGAAGAAGCCCCGUUAGCAAAAAAAUCGCUCGACAAAUAGUUCGAGAAAGGAUACUACUCAAUGAGCAUAUUUAUAAAAGUAAGAAGCUCAUGGCAGAUCUCCAAAAAAUAUGUGGGGGGAAAAAACAAGGCACGUUAGAGGAUGCAACGAGUCUGGGAAGGCACACCAGCUAUAGGGAUGAAAUAAUGAGGGUAAUUCUGCUCGGACUGUACAGGUCGCUACGAAUUGAUAGACACGGAAGAAGCUUCUCCAGGGGGGAAAACCCACAGGGUGCUUUCAUCAACGGGGGUGGAGGAUCAAACUUCUCCUCGUAUGACAUUUUGGACCAUUUGGAGGAUCCCACGCUAAGUGAGUUUUGCAAUUUCCCCAUUAAGAGGUGCUUCACUGGGGGGGGAAAAGCGCCCCCAGCAGGGGAGGCAGCGGAAAAAAACAGAAGUACCCACUUGAAAAGCGGAAAGGAUGAAAUCCAACCGACUGGAGAAAGGCACCCCCAUGAGACAACUACUCAAAGUGAGUCUCCCCCCAAUUUGAUCCUCCACAAAGGAGAAGUUUACCACAACGAUUAUGGGAAAACCUUGUUUGACGUUUUCACAGAAAGGAAUAAAGAGAAAAAACUUUUUGACCUCUGUGGAGACUUGAGGCUACUGGACAAUUUGACGUGGCCCCUGUAUUUAAAAAAGUGCCUCUUUAUGUUGCUGUACGUGAUGAAGCACUCCUUCCUGCUUCAACGUGGUGAGGAGGAGGAGUGGGAAAAUACCUCAAAUGAAUACAUUUCGAAGGAAAGGACCCCCCCCUCGAGACACUCGAGAGGGUCAUCACAAGGAAAUAGUUUCCCCCCAGGUAGUGAUGAUAGUAAUAGCGAAAAAUCGGUGGAGAGGGGAACGAUCCCUGGAUGCUGUGGAGAUUUGCAAAAUGUUCAAAUGAGGAGAUACACACUCAGUUGGGUUCCCAAUAGGGGUAGUAACUCCGCUUGCAAAACAACUUGUAGAGGAGAUAUGCUGGCCAUUUUGGAUUUCCUCUGUGGAGCAAAACACUCCUUCGAAAUGUUAGGCACAAAUGAGCAGAUAAAACUCCUCUCUUUUUUUUUAAAUGCAAUACGGUGUGGUACAGUCCAAGGGGGGGGCUCCAACGGUGAAGGGGACCACUCGGCGGGGGUGAACCCGCUCGCCGUUCUGGAGACACACAUGGGGGGUGCAUCUAACGGCGCGGCGAAUUGGGUCCCAUCGAAUGUCGUCCCAUCGAAUGGCGUCCCAAGAAAUGGAAAAACCGAUGUAGAUAACGAUCGAGGAGGCAUGAAGAACCACCGCUCAACCGAAGAAAGAAGCUACGUCGAACGGGUGGGUGAGCACUUUGACGUAAAAGUGCACCUGCUGGGAGAGGACAGACACGGUAGCAGGUACUACGUUUGGGGGGAGCCCCUCGGGUGUUCAGACUGCAUAUACGUUGAGUUGGUGAAUGAGAGGGGGCCGCUCCACACGACGCUACCAUAUGGGUUACAAAAUAGGAUGGAGGACCCCCCCAAGAAGGGACACACCACCUCUGCACCGAAGGGUAGGACCCAAAUUGGCUACAUCGAAGGGGUGGGUAACAUAAGCCGCUUCGUGGAACUUUUCUCCCCCUCGUCGGUGGAGGAAGCGGAGUUGAAAAGGAGACUCGUUCAGCUGAGGGAGGCAUUAGUAAGCGCGCCUCAGGUGCAGCAAGUGCAGCAAGUCCACCAAGUGGGGCAUCCAUUCGAGGAAAACAGCACCAGUGGCAACCCACUCAUGGGGGAGAAAAAAACAAACUGCAGUAGGGAUGCAUCGAGAGGGGGAAACCAAAGUGCAGACGAGGAAGGGAAGCCCCCCACCAACAUACAAUGUGUGUAUUGCAAAAACUGUCAAGAGGUAGGCAAGCAAAUGAGGAAAAAAGCGGCAACAAAAUGGGGCGACCAACAACCAUUGCUGAACACACACAUGGGAGGUAACCACACAGGGGUGCGUACAAACAAAUGGGCAAAAUAUCGAAAGAAACAAAAGGGUGUCGCUUGGAAUUGUGAAGAAAUUCUGUUUGACCAGAUGAUCUCUUUGAUAGAAAAGCUACUUUACUUUAUAAAAAAAACGAAAAUGGUUUUGAACGAAAGUGCACAAGAAAAAAUGGGGAAGCUGGUAGACACCUUCAUCGUACUCUCCUUAAAAGUUGUUGUAAAGAAAAUUGUGACCAAAAAUAUUAUUUCCAUUUGUGAAGAUUUUUUAUAUCUGAUGGAGAAUACACAAAAGUUUUUUUCCGAGCAUUCUUAUUGUUUUCUUUUGAAGAAGAGAUGGAGGAGGGACUUGAAAGAUCUUUGGCAAAACGACGUGCGCUCUUUGAAGAAGCAAUUUUCAGAACCACUGAAAUGCGUAAACGUUUUGGACAUAUUACCCACGCUGUGUUUUUAUUUUACCUUUUUUGUAACCCACGGGUUGAAGGAAAAGGCUAUCCACUUGUAUAGGAAAUACGGCUUGACGGGGAUGGCCUCCGAAUUGGAGGAUAGCUUCGGGAGGGAUGUUGCCAGACGCAAGUUACAGUCGCUGAAGAAGUUCCGAGCGCUGCUGAGGGAGUACAGUGAGAUUACCUUCAGUGGGAUGGGAGAGGAAUUCAAAAGGCGCUCUAGGAUAUACCGUAGGUAUUACCCCCCAAAUGAGGGCAUAAACGACGUGCUCAGCGAUGUAUAUAAUCUUUUGCCCUACAAGGUACACGAGAGGUACAUCUACUUCAAGGAGGGGCAUUUAAAACACAUGGAGAUGCUGCUCAACAACUGUGUGUUUUUUUCCGAGCGGAACGAUUUUCAAAAAAUUAAAGGCAUGGAGAUUUUAGAUGUCAGGGAUAUAAAGAUAUUUAUCAUUCCUAAGGGGGACAUCUGGAAGAAGGGCAUCGGGCGAGCGCGCCCCCCCCCCGUGCUGUCGCCGGGGGGAGCACAGGAGGGAAUGGCCAGCGGAGUGCCGAACGGAGUGCAGGAUGAAAACCCGAUAGACCCACCGAACGGCAAAUUGGCCGACCAGACGAAGGAAGACGGUCUUCCAGAAAAAGCGCACACGGCAAGUCCACUCACUGCGAAAGGGGAAUUAUCGGAGGAAGCGCCAGGACCAGCUAGACACCACACACACUACGGCGCAGACCACCGCAUAGACUUCCACACAGUACGAGAGGACCUAUUCAAAAUCAAAGAAGCAGUGGAAAGGAACAAAUGGGGCCCACCAAAUAAACAUGACGCUUUGUAUUUCCGCCCGCUGGAGGAGUAUUCCCACAUUUUUGAGGCACAAUUGAGUAGCAGUUUUUUAAGCCCCAAUUUUGUUAUCCUCUCAGAUGUGAAAAAUCAGCUGAAGAGGGAGGAGGCACCUGUUGGUAAAAGUACCUCCAAGGGAACAUCCUCAGUGCACGGGGACAACACAGAAGAGACCUUCGUCUACGUGUGCCAACUGCAUUGCGUAACAUAUGCUCCUGAAUACCUAGGGGAAGAUUAUGAAGAAUAUUUUUUUCCCAUAGAAGAAGAACCAUUCUUUAGAUGUGAAAGGUAUGUUGAGGCUCAUUGGAAGUUCCUUACUCUGAAUGUAUGCUUUACCGAAAGUAGGCACUCCGUUUUUUACAUCUUUCCGUUGGGUCGAUCGGAUGAUUCCUUUCCCUGGUGGGGUUCUACCAUUUGUUCAGACGAUUUGGUAAACCAAGGCACUUCAAAUGUGGAGCAGUAUGAGCCGCUUAAUCGGUGA